AGACCCCCAGAAGAGGCUGCAGAUUCUUGGUGGACAGCUCUGGUAUCCCAUCCCAGGGAACAUGAUGAAAAAUGUCUUCAGAAAAUAGCUUUAUGAAGGCAAGAGGAAUUUUUGCACCCGCAAGACAUGUCUGAAAGUUCCUCAGGUCAAAAUACAAGUAGUCAAGAGAUCUGUCCAUCUAAUUCAUCAUACUACUCUGAUCCAAGUGAGACCCACAUUGGGUCAGCUCCAUCAAGGAGAGGAACAUUUUACCCGUGUUUGGAUUCUGGAAUAUCAUCCUUGCUUCCUUUCGAUUCUUGUAAGUACCUCACUUGGCACAAGGUAGAACAACAUGACAUUCAAGGAAGUCAACUGCGUUGCCCAAGAGUAAGAGAAGGACCCUCUGCAGAAGAGCACCUUUUCAGACAGCUAGAGUGUGCCUUGCCCCCAAGGAAAAAGUUCUUGAAAAAAAACAAAUGGGAAACAUGGCUACAAGAAAACUGGGAAGACUGCAAGAACUUGAACAUUUCAUUUCAGGAUUUGGGGGAUCCUUACCACGUUGAAAAUUUUAACAGAAUUCUUAGAAGACUAAUUCGAGUUGAAACCCUCUGGUUAGUGGAUAAUUCACUGGUGGAUUUAAGUGCCAUAAGAUUGCCAAGGCAAAGACAUUCUAAUUGACAAGAAAAUCAUGGGUCUUAUAUAGAGAGGAUAACAAGUGCUGGGUAACUUGGCUAUGAAGAAGGCUAGGCUCACUGCAUACCAGAAGAUGUACAGUGCUAGAGAAUGCAGGGAUUUUAAAAAAAAUCAGUAAUCAAACUAUAUUUGUGGAAAUUUUGUGCAUAGGUACCAAAGAUGGCUGACUUCUGACCACAUUCUAUUUAACUCAACUGAAUUACACCAAGCUCUCAUCCUAAAACUUAUAGUUACAUCCACCCUUCUGAAAUAUUUAAUUACUCCCCAAUACACAGGAGGUAAUAGGUAUAAAAGGAAUGUGCAUGUGCAACUUAGCAUCUCAUAUCUAAUUUUGUGUCCAAAGUUCAUUCUUCUCCUGAAUGGCCCGUGUGUACCAGGUGCAGGAUUAUCCGGAUGGCUCAGUUCAAAACAAUUUCAGGGAAUAAGUUGUGUAGGGAAUACAAUUUUCUGAAAGAGAAACAUGAUGUGAACAACUCCUUUUUUAGAAAAUAAUUUCUGUGACAGAAAGCCUUUCAGUUCAUGAAGAAAACUCAUAAAUCAACAAGCCUAGCUCCUCACCAGCUCCAAUGAAUUCUUGCAUCAAUCAGCUCUACAAUAUCCAAUAAAGGACUUUCCAAUUGUCCUUUGAAUACAUUAAGGUAUUGGAAAUAUCUAAGAAAACUACUUUUAAUUGUUCCUAAUCUUCAGGGAGUUCUUCCUUAUAUUGCGCUGGUAUCUACCUUCCUCACCUUUCGACUAAUUAUUCAAAUCUCUCAAGUGAUUAUAAUUAAUUUCAUCAUAUAGGGAUUUUUUUUUUCUCAGCUUCCAGGUUCUUGAAGAUACCCUGAUAUUUUCUCUUAUAUUCCAAUGGAAAUGUAAAUGGGUAAAGUUGGAGUCUGUCGGGUGAGGAGGAUGGUGGAAGGGUAGGGGAAAGCUAAUGAGAAAUAACAAAAGCAAAAAAAAAGGAAUUUUAUUUUCUUCAAGUUCUUUAUACAUCCAAAGUGGAAGAUCACCACAAUAAAUUUUCCAUAUCAAAUUUUAAAAAUUAAGUUAGCAAGCUUGCUUUUUAAUUUCUUUAGAGGCCAACUACUUUUAAUUAUUAUUUCUUUCCAGAGUAGGAUUAUCACUAAUUGUCAUUAUAAUACCAAACUAUGUUAAUGAAUGCCUAUUUUUUUUAAAGGGUAAUUGCAAUCAUGAAACCAAAUAUCUAAUUAGUUUUAGAGCUUUGGAGCAGACGUAUUGAUAUUUGAAUCAUUCAGGUGUAUAUUUGCUUAUCUGCUUUUUUUCUCUUCAAAAUAAGUAUUGUAUGUGUUCUGUUUGUAAUUUCUAAAUGGUCAUUUCAAAACUGAUUAUACUACUUUACACAAAUCCUAGUGAAAUUUGUUGCUUAAAAAAAUCUUCAUUUACCUAUAAACUCUCAUUGUCCUUGAGCGAUAUAUAUUUUAUGGCAAUUUUUACUCCAUACUUUAUAUGCUAGUUAUUUUUGACAGUGACUACUAAAAUGCAAGUUUCUUCAAGGGCAGAUUCAUCUUAGUUCUUCAUACUCCUCAAAAAAUCAGGGUUUUUCUCAAUGAGUAUUGAGUUGAUGAGUGGAAUUUGAGUGUAUAACUUCUUGAAAUUAUAUUUCUGGAGCUGGACAAUUUUUUAAAAAUACAUAUCAUGAGUCUAAAAAAAUAAGUUACCAUGGCUGAACAAAUAUUUUGUGAAAA